AUGGCUCCUAAGAAGUACAAGAAGACAUCUUCCCGCGCCUCGCACCGGUCGACUCUGUCGCUACAAAAGACCGAAAUUGUUAUCAAUGUCUACGAUCUUCUCACACCUAGCCGGUGGUCCUCUCUUUUGUGGCACAUGGGCACAUCCCUGCUUCACUCUGGCGUUGUCAUCAACGGCCGUGAGUACGCAUACGGGGGCCACGACCGCCACGGUAUAACAGGCGUGUACUGGACAAGCCCGCGCCAUGAACCCCCAGGUGGCACAUUUCGCUGCGAGAUCUUACAAGGGUUCACAUUGGCAACGCCAGCUGAGAUUGACGCAAUUAUCCGCAGUGCUUCGGAGGCGUUCCACGGCCCGUCUUACAACCUGCUCACAAAAAACUGUAACCACUUCACGGCCUUUUUGUGUCGCAAAUUGACAGGGCGGCCUGGUCCCGCAUGGCUCAACCGCGCUGCUAGUAUCGGGUUGGCUCUCCCGUGCUUGGUUCCGCGUGAGUGGGUGGAGCCGCCCGAGUUCGAUUCUGCAGAUGGCGAGCUGCUGCACCCAGGAGGUGGCAGCAACGGUUACGAAGAUUCCUACAGCGCCUACGGCGACGACGAUGAUGACGAUGCGCAUGGCGAACGAACAAGCAUGCUUCGGCAGUCUUCACAACAUCAGAUCCACCUCGUUGGUUUGGACAGCCCCCCAACCAGCGCUCGGUCCAGUAUGACCGGCACUCGAGCAUCUGACGAAUACCACCCCGAGCCUUUUGAGGAAGGCGACGCCGAUAUACAGUCUGGCCGACGCAGCGGCACCAAGGGGAAGGGGCGAACCAGCUUCUCGCGGGACUCUGCGGGCAAUGCUAUGCCGCCAUCCGAGCGGGUCCCUACGAUGUAA